CGUUGCUAGGGGCCGAGGCGCGGGAAGCAGUGGAGGCUGCGGUUGCCCUCCUGCUCCGCGUCCCGGUGGGCCUCAUUGCUAGACCCGCCACUCCACCGAGAUUAGAAAGUGGCAGCCUGAACUAUUUUUCAAAGGAUAAACAUUGCAAAUCACUGAAUACAGCAACUCACCAAGGAGAUCCUGUUGGUUUGAGGGGAACACAACUUCCAGCAACUGCAAGGGAUGCUGCUACUCCAUGGCCUAUGGGAAGGAGCUCUCCAGAAGAUUUCUCAUCGCUUCUGUGCUGUGAUGGGGAAACUGCAAAGCAAACUCAAACACAGCACUUACAAAUACAGGCCUGACGGACUUAUAGAAGAGAGAAUCCAAACCAAGACUUUCCAAGAGUAUAGCCCCGCUCAUGUGGAUUCUGUUUUCGUCGUUGCUGCUCUGAACUCAGAACUUUGUGUCUCUGGAGGAAAAGAUAAGACAGUUGUUGCCUAUAACUGGAAAACUGGAAAUGUGGUGAAAAGAUUCAAAGGCCAUGAACGUGAAAUUACCAAGCUGGCCUGCGUCCCCAGAUCAAGCCAGUUCUUCAGCGCCUCUCGAGACAGGAUGGUCAUGAUGUGGGACCUGCGCGGCUGCCCCCAGCCCAGGCAGCGGCUGGCUGGCCACGACAUGGUGGUCACCGGGUUGGCUGUGAGCCCAGACGCGUCGCAGCUGUGCACCGGCUCUCGGGACAACACCCUGCUCCUGUGGGACGUGGGGACAGGACAGUGUAUGCAGAAAGCCUGUGUCUCCAGGAACCUGGUCACUCACCUAUGCUGGGUCCCCAGAGAACCAUACAUACUGCAGACCUCUGAAGAUAAAACCAUUAGAUUAUGGGACAUUCGGGGGCUGCAGGUGGCUCAUAUGUUUCCCCCAAAGCAGCACAUUCAGACCUACUGUGAAGUCAGCGUGGACGGACACAGGUGCAUCUCCUGCAGCAAUGGCUUUGGAGGCGAAGGCUGUGAAGCCACGUUGUGGGACCUACGGCAGACAAGAAACAGCAUAUGUGAGUAUAAAGGACAUUUCCAGACAGUAGCAUCCUGUGUUUUCCUACCAAAAACAUUGGCCUUGAUGCCUAUGAUUGCUACCUCAUCACAUGACUCCAAGGUGAAGAUUUGGAACCAAGACACUGGCGCCUGCCUUUUCACUUUGUCCCUGGAUGGCUCUGGACCCUUGACGUCCCUGGCUGUCAGUGAUGCCAGCUCCUUGUUGUGUGCAAGUUUCAACACUGGAAUUCACUUACUCAGAGUGGACCACAGCAGAGGGCUGGAACUGCAGGAAGUGGCAGCAUUCUGAGGCCCACAGGCCUUCACUGGACAACACGAAACUGCAUCUCUCCUUUC